GGAGAGAGAGAAAGAGAGCGUUAGCAACCUGGAGAGAGAUUUGAGAUCAUUUUAUUCCUCAUUUUCAGCUCAUGGGGGCAAAGAUUUUCAUAAUGUAACCACGGUAACUCGCUUCAGAAAUCGGCUUCAUCAUUUUUCCACCAGCGACAGACCAUCACAGACCCAGAGGAGUUCAGAGACUGCCGAUUGGGUUUCCAGAUGAACAAAGUAAAUACCUUCAUUAAUUUAAGAGAACAAUGGUGACCGGCAAAGGGUAGCUAAACACUGUAGACAGCUGCCAAAUGAAGUUGGCAGCGUUUAGUCGACAAGUUUGUGAUUCCUCGAGGCUGAAUGAGUGACAGAGAAACUCACAAUGGCUCAAGUUCUUCACAUGGACCCUAACUUUCCAGGGAAAUGCAACCCGACCUCCCCCAGUGUCCUGCAAGGCAAGGACAAGGAGCUUCCCUACUCAGUGGAGACCCCGUACGGCUACCGGCUAGACCUGGAUUUCCUCAAGUACGUCAAUGACAUCGAGAAAGGCAACACCAUCAAGAAGGUGCCCAUCCACCGCCGGCCACGCUACAGCUCCCUCCCGCGGGGCGCUGGAUACACCGGCUCCUGGUGGACCUCCACAGAGUCCCUGUGCUCCAACGUCAGCAUGGACAGCCGCCACUCCUCCUUCUCGUAUUGCGCGCCAGGGUAUCACGGCUCCUACAGGGCUGAUACCCGACCCCCGUUCCUGGCUGGAGGCUUCAACGCCCGGGUGGAGAAGACCCUGCUGGAUGCCCGCAAGAAGCUCGAGCAGAACCAGACAGACUCCGCAGGGAGGCAGCAGCCGUUCUCCAACUUGGGGAGCAUGCAGAGCAGCGUGUCAGGGUCCGCCAGCUCCCUGGUGGGCUCCUCUCUGAACCAGUCCUACUCCAAGUCCCAGAACGGAACCCAGGGGGGCCAGUUCACUCCCAUGAGCUCUGGGCUCUCCACUCCGGUCUCCCCCACUCCGGCUCACCUUCAGCACGUCAGGGAGCAGAUGGCGGUGGCCCUGAGGAAGAUCCGGGAGCUGGAGGAGCAGGUGAAGGUGAUCCCCGUGCAGCAGGUGAAGAUCUCCGUCCUCCAGGAGGAGAAAAGGCAGCUGAGCGUCCAGCUCAAGAGCCAGAAGUUCUUGGGGCACAGCAUGAGUUUUGGGAAGCCCAGACCCAGGGGGGAGCUUUACAUUGACAUCCCGGAAGAGGACAGCCCUGGAGGAGGGGGCAAGGUCUUGUCACCAACAUUUGCCGACACUUCACGCCAGGAUUCCGGGUGCGAGAUCGAGGAUACGGUUAUCGUGGGCGGCGCCAGGCAGCUGGGGCAGAUGGGCGGCAGGAAGGAAGUGAGGUCGGUGGGCGUGGGAACGGAAGCAGUAGAAGAGGGAAGAGGAUGUGCGAAGGAUGGUGGAAGUUCGAAGGCGGUUGACGUGAGGCAUGUAGGCAUAGCGGUGAAGGAGCAGGACCUGGGGCUUUCCUCAGAGGCUACCCAAGCUCAGGUGGAGCAGCAGCGGCAGAACACUGAAGGCCUGAAGACCAAGAUGAUGGUUCUGGAGACCCAGCUGAGGAAGGCUCUGCAAGAGCUCAAGACUGCCCAUCAAAGGCUGGAGCAGCAGGGCAAGGAGAUGGCAGAGAGGGGCAAGGAUGCCAAGCUGUCCAUGGCCGACGCGGUUAUCAUGACCAGCAUUGGGUGGCAGGAUCUUCAGGAGACCAGCAACAAGAUAGGGCACCCGGGGGAAGCUCCAGGACUCCAGACAGUGGUCUCCUUCAACCAGCAGCCCCAGAAGAAGGAACAGAGGACGGUGGGGAUCCAGGUUUAUACCCUGGAGCAGCCAACGGUGGUGGGACUGAGGAAGUGCCAAGAGGUGGCCCUCGCGGCGGAUCAAGCAGCGUUUGCGCACAGGACGAUGAGAGCUGAAGCCCCAGCUGCCUGCAGUGUCCCGGACGUUGUUACGAGCGCGCCUCCCGGAGUUCUGGAAAGCGGGGCGCACAGCAGAGCCCAGGAGGAAGCCAGGUCGUCCGCGGGAGUGCCAUACAUUGUUUACAGGAGCAACGAGACCGUAGAGACCACCUUUCCCGUUCAUGGACAGGCAGUCGCACUGACUGGGAGCCACCAGGUGAAGAUCAGCCUGAGGAGCGGAGAGGGAGAGGGGGAGGCGAGGAGCACGGAGGGGACUGCAGGAGUACCAGACACGUCCCCCGAGCUGCCAAUCGCCAUCUGCUCCAGAGAGGUGCGCGAGGUCCUUCCGAAGUGUGAGGUGUCCUCCUCGGUGCCCGUCUCAAGCCCGGCAGUCGUCAUGGAGACAGUCAGCGCCGUCCAGCUUGUAUCCAAUCAGCAAGCGCCUCUGUGUAAAAGGUUAAAGGAAGUCGAAGCGGAGAACGAAGCGCUCAUGAAUGCAGCGGCAGGGAGCGAGGAGGUGCAGGAGCCAGAUUCUCCCCCGGCGAGUCUGAAAUCGAUCAUGAAGAGGACAGACCAGCUCGGCCCCUCCGAUUCCCCCACCACCAAGAAAAACCUGCAGUUUGUAGGAGUCAAUGGAGGCUACGAGUCCACCUCCUCAGAGGAGUCCAGCUCAGAGUCCAGCUCGGAGGAGAACGUGAGCUCAGAGAGCGAGUACCAUGAGGCCAACGAGCGACACACUGAGGCUGGGACACAGGCGCAGGGGAGUAAGGACCAAACCAUCCCCACACAGGACCCCCCUGCCCCUGCGCCUACCCCAGCCCCUGCGCCUGCCCCUGCCCCUGCCCAGGCAGUGUGCAAGGAAGAGUCUCCUCAGACCCUGCGAGAGAGUCAGACCACCCCCACGCCAGACAACCCCUCCCCACAGGAGAAGGAGGAGGAGAAGGGGAGGGAGGGGACAGAGGACAGCAGCGUUGAGCUGAGUGAGAGCCUGGUCUCAGCCUGCACGGUCCUGCAGAAAGCUCUUGGGGAGCCUAAUGCAUUCAGCCACCAAGAACCGAGGACGGCCUACACCGCGGUGCUGCAGGAGUGGCUGCGUGUUUCCUGUCACAAGGCAGCCAAUCCGGAAGUGGUUCGCCAGCACAUGGCGGUGUUCAGGGCCCUGUCACCGCAGCUGCUGGCGUUUAUUGUCAACAUGGCCGAUGGCAACGGCAACACAGCCCUGCACUACACUGUGUCACACUCCAACUUCCCUGUGGUGAAGCUGCUGCUGGACACAGGUCUCUGUAACCCAGACAAGCAGAACAAGGCAGGCUACACUGCUAUCAUGCUGACUGCCCUGGCUGCCUUCCGCUCCGAGUGUGAUCUGGAGACGGUCAUGCAGCUCCUCAGGAUGGGAGACGUCAACGCCAAGGCCAGCCAGGCGGGACAGACAGCCCUGAUGCUGGCGGUGAGUCACGGUCGGAUCGAUAUGGUGCGCGCCCUGCUGGCGAGCGGAGCACACGUGAACCUGCAGGACCACGACGGCUCCACGGCGCUCAUGUGCGCUUGUGAGCACGGACACGUGGACAUCGUGAAGCAGCUGCUGGCAGUGCCGGGCUGUGACGCCACGCUCACGGAUAACGAUGGCAGCUCAGCCCUGUCCAUCGCUCUGGAAGCCAGUCAGAAUGACAUCGCCGUCCUCCUCUAUGCCCAUCUCAACUUUGCCAAGCCCCCCUCCCCGGUGGCCCAGAAGUCACUACUUGGGACAAGUCCACCCGCUGAGGCAAAGUAACUUGGGAGGGUUUGGGAUUACCCUGCCCUAGGGGGGAACUGCUUUGAUUUCUUACAUACUAUAAUAAUAUAAUGAUCUCCUGUCUUCCAAAAUGAACUGCUCUGAAAUGGAGACCUUCUCAACUGCGUGGCUUCCAAGACUUCCGCUAAGCAGCCAUGGCUCUGGAUCAAUUCUGAAUAAAGAUGUCCUUUAUCGGUCCGUCCAGCUCGAUUUUAACAACUCCUUACAGAUUCCUGUAACCUCUGCAAUAUUCUGUACCAGGGGUGGUCAAAGUCAUCCCUUCCACUCCUGGUCUUUGUUCCAACGCUGUUCUAAAUUGUUUAAUUGAACCAAUUAAACCACUCCAUCCAGAAGUAGUUCAUUAUGUCAUUUUAGGUGUUAAACCUGGAGUGGAAAGGCUGUCCAGGACGGCGAUUGGACACCCCUGUAUCCCUAUCCCUCUCAAUCAGGACGUAUCUGUUUCUGACACUACACAGCACUAAACACUGCACCGUACAAACUGCUGAAACUGAAGGACGCAGUCGUUUGUCUAAAAGUUAGUGGCGGGGAGGAAGUUAGGAAGAUGGACUGCUUUGCAGAUUGGUGGCACUGUGGUUUCUAUAGAAAAGUUGCUUGUCAUUUUAGAAAAAUGUAUUAGAUUUUGUAUUAAAUGUGCUCCCAUUUCUAUCCGUUUUUACAUGUUAAAGUAUAAUAUUUAAGAAAUAAAACACACACACACACAACGACCCAGUUUAAUUCCAGCAAGGAGAUGGUUUGAUAUUUCUUUUUAAAUUUCGACAUUUCACUGCAGCUGAACCGUGUCUAUCGUUACACACGCCACACAGCUAUGUAAACGUCAGUCUGGAAGUCGCAGCCCCCUUUUUCCAGGAACCCCGGAACUGCACCUUCAUGAAACCUCUUUAAAGUGAAUUUAGGGUUUGGGCAACAUUUAGGACAGGGAACACUGCUGUUGGUUUUAAAGGAUUUUGAUCGGAGACCCCUUCUUUAUUUAAUGAGGUUAUUUUGUUUUACAAGGUCCUACCUUCUUUAUGCUUCUUUUGCUCCUCGAUACUCGCUUUCAACAUCAGUUUUUUUACAUGCAGACUGGCGCGCUAUUGUACAAUGUUUUACAGUAUGUGAAAAUAUAUACCAAAUAACGCAAUCAAUAAAUACAUAAUUACAAUAUUAUACUUUUAUUUAAAAUCAAAACUACAUAAAAAUACAAGCCAAAUAAAAUGGAGAAGCAAUAUAAGCUGUUUUAUAAGCUUUUUUUUUUUUUUUUAAGGUUUAAAACACUACUUUUUAAUUUUAUUCAAAAACUUUCCUACACUUAGUUUAAGAUUAGUACUGAUGUAUAAUCUGAAUACUUUAUAUUUGUAUUAUUUAACUGAUAUAUAUAAAACCCUAGACUGUUUAUUGUAUGGUAUUUUUGUAUUUUAUUGAACGUUCACUAUUUCUUUGUAAUUUUUCCUGUUUUUACUUGUGUCUUUUCAGAAUUGUGCAGAAAAAAAAAAGUUUUUCUCCUGUGUAUAAAAUGAACUGUACAUUUCACACUUCAGAGUUCCUUUUUCUUAUGUCAGAUCGUUGUUUUCCCCAAAUAAGGCGACUUUUCUUAUAUUUAAUUACAUUUUUUAACUGUGUGUCUUCUCAUUAAUAGACGUUUCACAGACUCUGAUUAGCACUCAUUUAGAACAAAAGAUCGUAAGAACAUUUACGAGCGAGAGGAGGCCAUUCGGCCUGUCUGUGCUCGUCCGGUUCCUAGCAGCUGAUUGAUCUCAGAACUUUGUCAAGUCGGGUCUUAAAGGAUCCCAGUGAGGAGUAGAGGCAGGCCAGAUCCGCUGAAAUUUUCAGUAGAUAUCUGUGAAGUGUUCUGCGGACCAUCCUUCGUGUUUAGUAUUUGUAUUAAUAAUAAAUUAUAAAAUUGUCAAUCAAGUAAACAGAAUCAUAUCAAACACUUUAUGGGUUAAGCGCUUCCAAUUUAAAAUAGCAAGCACCUUUGUCAGUAGAAUCUUUAGAAACUGUCUAAACAAAACCAUCACGUCUCAUUAGACUUGGUAUUGGGCCACAUUUCCAAAGCCUCAACGCCAGUCUUAAAAUGAACUCCUGCUUUUUGAUGGACAUUUUGAAUCAAUAAAAGCAAUAACACUG